UUCUGUCCACCAAUCAAUUCAAUUCAAUGCAAGUCAACCCAGUCAACGCAAUCCACCGACACGAAAGAACGACCACCAAUCACUGCGCCAUUCCCCCCGAACCACUGAAGCCCCCCACCCCUCCCAAUCGGCCGCCCUGUGCGGCGGUGGCCAUGAGGCCGCCCCUGCCGGCUGCCAUCUGCAGCCCCAGUGCGCCCCUCUUACCGCCCAAUGUGCCGGGCUGCGCGGGCAGAGUGGCUGCGAGUCGGCCCAUCUUUUGUGUGCCCGACACGAUGUAGUUGGUCAGCUUCUUGUGGCGGUCACGCAUUCGCUUGAUCUGCAGAGACACGACGAUACACACCGCGAGGGGGGGGUUUGGAGUCUUUUAUAGGUGUGUGGGUGUGGGUGACCUCUUGCUGUGCUGUUUUGAUGGCCUGUUGGCGGUCGUCGAAGUCACGCGUCAACAAAUCGGAAUUCACAAUCCUGACACACACAAGGACAGGUAUGAGACGUGUCUCACUGGAGUGCCAUCGUCUGGUUUGCUUACCCGGUUUGUUGUCUGAGUUUGACGUUUUCGAGCCGGUAGUCGUCCCUUUCGUGCUUGGUCUUGGCCACCAGGUCACGCUGACUCGACAACUCUACACACACACACACACACACAGGGAGAGGGACAGAGAGAGAGAGAGAGAGGGAGAGGGAGAGGGAGUGAGGGAGAGAGGGAGAGACACAGCUCAGAGUGCACACACGUGUCCCUGUGUGUGAAGGGGCAAGGGGUGUGUAUGUGACCUGAUUCUAGCUGCGAGAGUUCUUGCCGUAGUGUGUCGACCUCGUAGUGGAGGAACUGCAGCUUCUCCCGCAUGUGGGUGGUCACCUGGACGGUGCUCACCGUCUUCUUCCGCAGCUUGUGCAGCUCCUCGUUGCGCUCCUCUAUCUUCUCAUUCAACGUCUGGCGGUCGCAGGCACGCACGCACACACGAGGCAACACACCCAGCGCACAUACAUACGAAGAAAAUCGCCAUUCCUUACUUGGUUUUCGAUUUUGAGCUGUUCGAAGUCGAUGAUAUGGAGGUUUUCGGCGAGCUCGUCUUUCUUUCUCAGCUGCUGCUCGAGGCGUGAGAGCCUGUUCUUGAGCGAGAUGUUGGCGCCGCGAACCUCCUCGACCUCAUCGUCCUUCUCCUUCUCAAAAUCCUCCAACACCUUCAUUCAUCGCCACACACACGCAUGGCUGUGGUGGGGGGGUCGGGAGGAAUCAGCUACUUACCUGUAGGACCUUGGGUGGGAUGGGUUUGCCGGUUCUCGAGUACUCGGCGUUCUUGGCCACCUGCCGCUUGAACUCCCGAAAGGCGUCGCGACACUCAAUCGCCUUCUGGCGCUUCUCCUCCAACUGACAUGCACACACGCAUGACACCCACACACACACACGUGUGUGUCUUCCUUUCCUCCCCAUCCAUACCUUGUUCUUGAGUUCUUCUGACAUGCGCGCGGCGCGGACUUGUAUCUGUCUCAGCUUGAGGCGCACGCCGUGGACGUGGUGGAGGACGUUGGUGUACUUGGCUUCGGUGACGCGAGUGGCGGUGUUGGCCAUGACGUGCGGCUGCUCCAUCCCGCCAGCCUGCGAACCGAACUUGUGACGCCACAAGGCCACCUGAGAAAUGCACAGAGAGACAUUGGAGAGGGGGGGGUGUCUGUUUGGUGUUGGGUGGGGGGAUGGGGGGCUUAAGUGGGUGGGGCGUACCUUUCUCUGCAGCUCUGCGUUGUCUUUUUGAAGCUCGUUCUGCUGCUGCUCGAAAUCCUGAUUGAAUGUGUCACACAGACAUGCAGCCACUAUCUCUCUCUCUCUGUGUCUCUCGGCCGACUCACAACGAGGAGGUUGGUGAGUUCCUCGUGUUCAUCCAGCAGCCUCUGCUCCUCCCUCUGCCUCAUGAUCUCCUCGGUGUCCUCCGGGACCAGCUCCUCACCCACAGCCGACAGCUGCUCCUCACCCUCCUCGGCCGACUCCUCGGCCUCUGUCUCGGCCUUUGGGAAACCUGAACACACACAGACAGACAGACAUACAAAUAGACAGAUGUGUGUGUGGAUGGAUGGAUGGAUGGAUGAGGGGUUGUGUGUGACCAGGUGUGGGUAUGGGUCCUGCGAGGGGCGGUGGGAGAGGCGCGGCUGCCUCGAACUCGGGCACCUCAGCAGGCGGCGGACGGAACUCCUCACCCUCUACGGAUGGAUCCACACACAUGCAUCCUUUACAUCCUGGUGUCUAUGUGUUUUGUGUCCACUGAUUGACAUACACACAUUUACCUGCGGCCUCCUCUCCCUCAGGGGCCUCAGCGGCCUCCCCUUCGGCAGCAGCAGGCACCUCCGCGCCCUCACCUUCAACAGCCUCCCCCUCGACACCCUCGGGCACUCCCUCACCCUCAACAGCGGCCUCCUCGCCCUCAGCCACUGUCACAAACUCAACGCCCUCCACUGGUGGGGCCUCAGCAGCCGCGGCAGCAGCAGCAGCAGCAGCGGCCUCUGCCUCGGCUGCUGCUUGUGCUGCAAGCUCCUGCUCGGCGAUGAGGGCCUUGGCGGAUUCCUCAUCUUCCUGGGCCUCCUUGGCCUUCUGCAGGGCCGCGAGGGCGUCUUCGUCCUCGACGGCGAGAUCCUCUUCCUCCAGAAUGGUGUCGAUCUUGAUCUCUGGUUGAUGAUGAUAUCGCUUUCCGAUGGUUGGUGUCUGUGUUGAGUGUGUCUCGUGUGUACCUACCGGCGUGUCCCGCAGCGGCUGCUGCAGCAGCCUCUUUGCCUGCUUCGGCGCGGAGAAUCAAUCCCUCAGUCCACUCAGCCUGUCACGCACAAACAACCCGUACAAUGUGUCUCUUUCAUUCUUUCUUCAAGCGUGCGCUGCAGUCCGUGCACACCUUGAGGUGGGGCGUGUCUCCCUCAUCAUUGUGGAUCUCAGGAUUUGCACCCCACUCCAACAUGCGCCUGACACCAAUUGCAACAUAUAUACUUGUCCCAUCGUUUGUAUGCCUGUGUAUGUCAAUGAAUGUCUGUGUGUGACGACAUACGUACCGUAUGAGUUCGCCCCGUUCCUUCUUGACGAGUAUAUGUAGGCAGGUGUUGCCGUUGCGGCACUUGGUGUUGAUGAUCCGCCGCAUCUCCUGCGGACGGUCCUCGCACUGAUAGAAAAACUCCUCCCAAAACGAAUCCUAAGAGAUCCAUCCAACCAACGACCAUCCAAACACACACCCAGAAGGGACAUGGCCCCACACACAGGAAACCUCUGUCUCUCUUGCCUUUCACCUGUGCAUUCUCCAUGCCGACUUCGGCCUCGUGAACGCACGCCAGAAAGAGCCCGGUGUCGCCAUGUCUGUCCUUGGCGCCCACAUCCAGCCCCUGCUUCAGGAAGUCCAAUGCCUGUUCAUAGUCGCCCCGUCGGAGGGCACUGGUCAUCGGACAGUCACCUGCAGCCACAGACAGCCAUGAGGAACCACACACAUGAAUGUAUUUCAUUGUACCAUCGGUGUUGAAGGCGUAUUGGUCUGCGCCUCUCUCGAGAAGGUAUGCAAUGGAGUCUCCCCUGCUGUUGAAAAGCGGUGUCUGGUCCUUGACGCCCGACGACCUGAUGUUGACGUUGUUGCCGAGGGUCUCGACGAGGAACCGUGUGAUGGCCAGUGAGAACUGACUCGCAUGUGCGAGCAUCGACUGGUAGCCGAAUAUUUCCACCUCCAAAGGCUGGCCCUCCUUCAACCCAUCGAUCUCCUGCGCUUGCACAUACGAUCGCAGCAUCUGCAGGAAGGAAUGGAAUGGCAUGCAUCAAAGACACACACAAGCAGACAGGAGAAAUGCAACUGUGUCCGUCUUUGUGAAUGCACUCGUGUGAUAUGCCCACGUACGUCCUCGAGCGCCUCGACGUCAUCCUCCUGGACGAGUGAAAAGAUUUGGCCCCAUUUCUCGGACGCAGGGUCCUCGGGGUUGACGUAGCGGGCAAACGCGGUGUGCUCAGCAAUGUGGGAACCCGGCUCCCACGUCAUCCUGCUUGCCUUGCCGAUCUGCCGGUUGUCAGGGCUGGUAGAUGAGUUGGUGCGGAUUGCAGGCUGAGUCGCACCACAGAACUUCUGAAUUCCUGUCUGGUGGCUGUCUGCAGGCGAAUCCCUUCCCGAGAUUUCGAGACUGCGGGCGUGCGG